CUUCGCGCACACUCUGACGAAAUAACCUUAACUCCGUGAUGGCUUCCCGCCGGCUCCUAUCAUCGUUCCGAUCAUCCCUUGGCCGAUAUUCAUUGGUGUCUCAAGUUACGACCUCGAAUGCUCGAUUAUCUUCCUCAGAUGUUUAUUCUGGCAAUUCCUUUUCCAAUACUGCUGCACUCUCAAGACUUGAAUCCAAAAAUGGCUUAGCGUCAAUACUUGGAGAUUCUAGAUUGAGUUUGUCUCACCAAGCUGCUGCACUUGCACCCUGUUUCCCUUCCAGAUUUAUGUCAACCCAGAUAAACUCUGUUGACUCUUCUGAAGAUAGUUCCACUCCUGUCUCUGAAGUGCCUCCUCGCAUUAAAUUUAAGAGAUUAGAUAAAACUGCUAAGCACAUUAUGCAGAUUAUAGAUAAGGAAGCAGUAGGUGAAGUCAGAGCACUGAGAGAGAUACCAGAUAUACAACCAGGCUACAUUGUGCAACUCAAAGUGGAAGUUCCUGAGAACAAGCGCCGUAUUUCAAUCAUAAAAGGCAUUGUCAUUGCAAGGCGAAAUGCUGGUCUUAAUACUACAUUUAGAAUUAGGAGGCUAGUGGCUGGAGUCGGAAUUGAGUCUCUCUUCCCACUGUAUUCGCCGAACAUAAAGGAGAUAAAGGUGCUUGAGAAGAAGAGAGUGAGAAGGGCCAAACUCUACUACCUUAGGGAGAAGAUGGAUGCACUUAAAAGGCAAUAACCAAGUUCGUCCUGGUAGAAAUUUUUGAUGAUUCAAAAUUUAUUUGUACUCCGUAUCUGCCUGUGGAUGCAAGCGCCUGCAUCUGUUUCCUUAUUGACGUGAUUUCACAAUAUAUAGUUUUCAUGCAUAUCCUCUGAGCUGGCAGAUGUUUUGGGGAGGCAACAUGUCAGAAAUUGUAUUGAGAUGCAUUCAUAUGAGAAUAUCUUAUUUCAAAAGUUUUCUCAACGAGUGUAAAGAUCUUCCCCCAAGUUGUAAGGAUUAUCUUUACUUUUGCUAAUAUUAUGAUAAAAAUGCAUCUGCUUGGGCUUGAUUGUAAA